UCUGUGUAAUUUACUGUGUGAUUGAUGCGGCCGUGUAUAUUACAUCCCUGUUGAAGCGUUGGCUAGAUCGCACGGCUGUCAUGCUUAUUUUAGAGGUCGCUUCCAGUCUUUUCCAGCUUACCCGGCUGAGUCAAACAGCCCGGCCCGCCUUCGACUAGCUAGCUUUCGCGACCGGUGGCGGUGGCGCUGCGCUGCMCUCCCGGUUCGGUUGAAGACGGCAGGAGGAGGAGGAGGAUGGCACUGCGCUGGACUGUCUGUCUGUGCUCGUCCUCGGUGGCCUAUUAAAGAUUUUUAAUUAGCUGGUAACACGCGUUUACGACGGAGCGACGAUAAUGCGAACCGUCAUGAUUAUGGAAACGAAGAGCAGGCUUAAAGAUUUUUGAUCUUACUGGCUCCAGGGUCUACCAGCUACCCACUCACUGAGUGGUGGGGGAYCAGCAGUGAGACUUGGAGACCUUCAACUCUGCAUCCCGUCUUCGUCUCCCACCAUCCUCAGAACCAUGUCUAUCCCCAGCAGCAGCCCAGAAAAAGAGAGCUCCGCCGGGUCUCAGUUCGAGUGCYCCUCCUCCCCUCCCGGCAUGGACGCAGACCCCCCGUCGACAGGGAGCCCGGUGCUCAGCCCGGACUCGUCCUCUCAUGAUGCAGUGCUGUCAGCACCAGCAGCAUCCCCGGCAGACUCCGAGAACCUGAGUCCCGACGAACUCGAGCUCCUGGCCAAACUGGAGGAGCAGAACAGGUUGUUGGAGGCUGACUCUAAGUCGAUGCGAUCCAUGAGCGGUUCACGGCGUAACAGCGGCUCCUCGCUGGUGUCCAGCUCCUCUGCCUCCUCCAACCUGUCACACCUGGAGGAAGACACCUGGAUUUUAUGGGGCCGAAUCGUCAAUGAGUGGGAGGAGUGGCGCCGCAAGAAGGACAAACUUCUGAAGGAGCUGAUCAGGAAGGGCAUCCCUCAUCACUUCCGUGCCAUCGUCUGGCAGCUGCUGGGCAACGCCACGGACAUGCCGGUGAAGAACCAGUACUCCGAGCUGCUGAAGAUGUCGUCCCCCUGCGAGAAGCUCAUCCGCAGAGACAUCGCCCGCACUUACCCCGAGCACGAGUUCUUCAAAGGCCAGGACAGCCUGGGGCAGGAAGUCCUCUUCAACGUCAUGAAGGCGUACUCCCUGGUGGAUCGAGAGGUGGGCUACUGCCAAGGCAGCGCAUUCAUCGUUGGCCUUCUUCUAAUGCAGAUGCCAGAGGAGGAGGCGUUUUGUGUUUUUGUGCGUCUCAUGCAGGAGUACCGUCUGAGGGAGCUGUUCAAACCCAGCAUGGCAGAGCUCGGCCUCUGCAUCUACCAGUUUGAAUAUCUGCUACAGGAGCAGCUUCCAGAGCUGAACGUCCAUUUCCGCUCCCAGAGUUUCCACACAUCCAUGUACGCCUCGUCCUGGUUCCUCACCCUUUUCCUCACCUUCCUCCCUCUCCCUGUCGCCACACGCAUCUUUGAUAUUUUCAUGUAUGAGGGUCUGGAGAUUAUCUUCCGCGUGGGCCUGGCCAUCCUGCAGUACAACCAGACUGACCUCAUUCAGCUCGACAUGGAGGGAAUGUCUCAGCAUUUCCAAAAGGUGAUCCCCCACCAGUUUGACAGCUGCCCAGACAAGCUGAUCCUCAGAGCCUAUCAGGUCAAAUACAACCCCAAGAAGAUGAAGAAACUUGAGAAGGAAUACACCACGAUCAAAAACAAAGAAAUGGAGGAACAAAUUGAGAUUAAGAGGUUACGCACAGAAAACAGGCUGCUAAAGCAGAGGAUUGAAACUCUGGAAAAGGAGAGUGCCGCUCUGGCAGACAGACUGAUACAGGGUCAGGUGACGAGAGCACAAGAAGCAGAGGAGAACUAUGUGAUCAAGCGCGAGCUGGCAGUGGUGAGGCAGCAGUUCAGCGCAGCCAGCGAGAGCCUGGAGAAGGCCCAGGACACCAUCCGAGAGCUGCAGCAGGAGAGGUACACGGAGCAGUUUGUGACCAACCUGCAGACCCAGCUGGAACAGUCCCGGCUGCGUGAGGCCGAACUGCUUGGAGCCAUGAAGGAAAUGCAAGACAAGGUGCUCGACCUGGAAAAGAGAAGCAGCUGCCUGCCAGAUGAGAACAAUGUGGCUGCGCUGCAGGAGGAGGUGAAGCAGAUGAAGCUGCGGGAGCUCGAGACGCUGCGUUCCUUCAGGGAGAUGCAGGACAGCGUUACCGAGCUCAACCAGCGCUGGCAGCAUCACAUGUCCCGGGGCAGCGGCACAGGCAACGGAGGAGGCCACUGGAAGGAAUCCCCGAAGAAGAACGCUCUGAACGAGCUGCAGGACAAACUGAUGACGGUCAGGCUGAGGGAGGCCCAGGCCCAGGCGGAGCUGCGGGAGGUCAAACUCAAAGCUGUGCAGCUGGAGAGCCAGAACCAAAUCCACAGCAAACUAAUUGGUCGUCACGAGCAGGAACGCUCCGCCCUGCAGGACCGGAUCCAGAUGUUGGCCAAUCAGAACAAAGCUGUGCAGGCCCAGCUCAACGAGAUGAAAAGGAAGCAGGCAGAGUCCGACUGCAAGAGUAAAGAGGAGGUGAUGGCGGUGCGACUGAGGGAAGCCACCAUGGCUCUUAUGGCAGAACUCAGGCAGAAGAUAGCUGAACUCGAGAUACAGAAGGAGGAAGGGCUGAUCCAGGGUCAGCUGAACCACUCGGACUCCAGACARUACAUCAGCCAGCUCCGGGACCAGAUCGCAGAGCUCAAAAACGAGAUCAGGCAGCUGCGGGGCCAGAAGGCGGCCCCCGGCUCCAGGGUGGGCUGCGGCGGAGGAAGCACCGCCUACCAGGACCUGUGCUUGACCAGCCCCGCCUCGGGCGAAGGAGACUACCUCAGCUCGGACGAGGACCUCCUCCACAGCCCGCUGCCCGCCUCCGCCCUGUACCCGGCGCUGUCGGACCCGUGUCGCGCGUCGGCGCAGCUCGACAGCGAGGGCAGCACGGACAGCGAGGCAGAGGAGCGGGGACAGACUCACCCGGACCCGCAGCAGCUGUACGGCAGCAUGGUCUGUGCUGAGGCGCUGGAGAACUGAGACCUGAAGGGAGGUUUAGUGUUUUGUCUCUGCAUUUCUGGGGUUUUACCGGACUAAACUGAUUGUAUUCAUCCACCCAGUCCUCCUCAGCGUUUCCAGUGUUUUUAUUUGACRCAGACACGGUGGCACUGAAUGAACCUCUUCUGAUGGUCUGUUUCGUCUCAUCUACAUGCUCCCCAUGAGGUYUUAUCCAGUGUUUCUUUAAGAAGAGGUGAUUAAUGCCCCCUCCCUUGUUUGUGUGCCAGAGAUUGUCCUUUAAAAUCAUAUCUUCCAAACAUACACACGUUACAUACAGAAAGACAGGACUGUAUGACAACUGUUGCUACUUGCUGCUCCAGAUCUAUCCCCUGACCUGAGGAGAGAUGGGUUGACAGACAUGAAAUCACUCUACAAACUGAGCAUCGCUCUGAUCACACUCCAUGUUCUGUCUACCUUUAGAGGUUUUCCUCCUGAUUGGUGCAGUUGUCUUUGCUCCAUUCUACAGCACUUCGAGGGAAAGCCCGUCCAUUUUCACUGCCUUCAGAGGAAAAUGCCCCUCCUUCAUCAGUCCACCUCUGUAGAUCAAAAGAGAAGAAGAACAAUCUUCAGAAGCUGAGUGCGGUGUGGUACAGAGUGGUGUCACCAGAUUUCACAAAUCACUUCUUUACACGUCUGUAAAACUAGUUCAGAACGCAAAACAAGGAAGAAAGUAAAUGUUUUUGAGUUUUGUUUUGUUUUUAUUAUUUGUCUUCUAAUUUAUUUUAAUAUAUAUUUUUUAUUUUUUAUAUUUAAAACUGUAGGAGUGUAGGGAUACCAACAGAGGCCAAACUUUACGUCGUCCUUUGUGCCAACUACUCAUCCGUCGUGGCUUUACUGUGAUGCUGUCAGAGUCAGGAAAUGUGCUGCUAUGAGUCUGGAUUUAGUCACAUGUWUUUGUUUUKUUUGUUUUGUUGUGCAGGGAAUGUCCUGCUUGUUAAUAUCCACCAUAGUUAAAGCUACUUGAACAACUGCGCUUCUCUGCUGGAGCUUUGCAGCGUUCAGCGAUGAUGGAAACAGUUUAAGUGAGAACUGUGACUGAUGUGUGAGAGAAACAAGUGGUUUUGGUGAACACUUCUGUUUAUACUGAGAAUAAGGCCCUGAGUACACUACACUGGAUAUUUACUGGAGAGAGAGAUUUUGAGCUGCAUUUUCACCUCCUCUUCACUCAAAUAGAGAUUUUAGUGAGAAAGGUUGAUAUUUCUUUGAAGAACAUCCAGCCAUGUUUAUUUUCCACCAUUUUAUCAGCGCUGAUUGGUUGGUAGAGCUGUUCCCUCUCAUUGAGAAGAUCGGUAACUCUAAAUUGUUUUUAAGUAAGUGUUUGUAUAAUUGUCUCCAUGUAUCCCUGUGGUGGACUUGCAACCUGUCCGGGGUGUCCCCCACUUCUCGCUCAGCGACACCCCCCAUGACCCAGAAUAGAAUAAAGGGGUAGAGAUAAUGACAGGCGAUGAUGGGUUGCAUUCACUCCUUUAAGCUGUAGGUCUUUUUCUGGUUUUCCUGGGUACCUAAAACCUUUAUAUAGAGACUUACUUCCUGGGACUCUCAUGAACAGGAAGUGAACCCACCACCCUUUGAGGAGAGUCUCCAAGGUUGGGUGGUGAAAAUAAUAAUCCAAAACUAAAWAUCCAGAGUACUGCAGACUGGACCGGAGAUGAUGAGAAUGAACUGAAAGCUAAACAUUGGACUCUGUUAGCUUAGCAGGUCCAGUUUAUCGGCUGCUUUGUGUCCAGAACUGACAUAUCAGUAAUUAAAACUGCUUAAUGUUUAGCAAAGAGUUAAGAUGAGGCUGAACUUCCUGAUAAUGUAAAUUACAUGAACUUUAACCCCCAAUAAUAUCAGUGUCAAAGAUUCAAACCUUACUGGCUGAACGACACAUUUCAAAAAGUAAAUAAAUAUAGUUUUAUUACAACAGAAAAACUGUCUGGAAUCAGCAGCUCAUAUCAAACAUUCUGUUUUUAAAAAGCGUGACAUUAAUAAAGAUAUGACAUACAGUGAUGAACAGGGAUGAAGGUAAAUAAAAGAUAUUUAAAGCUCUAUCGUUCAUGUCUGCCUCAGGUUGGUGAGAGAAGUUUUAUCAAACAGGGUGUCAGAUUUAUACAAAUUACUCAUCUUUGCUUUUUGCACAACAGACAUAUUCUCCACUGGAAGAGUUGUGGAAUUAUGYGUUUAUGGUGGGAUUGUUUCUCAUGUUCGCCUCCGUCGACGGACUUUAAAGGAGACUUUCAUUUGUUAUCAGGUCUAGAGUUUUAUUCUGGGAAUAUAGCCGUGUAACUUUGUAUGAUUAUCUCCUAAAGAAAAGAGGAAUAAUUUCAUGCAGACUCUUGAUUUCAAUUUAUGUUUUGGCUAAAAAGUCAGAAUUUCCUGUUUAUGGUUUCUGCCGUGUUGUAUGUCUGUGACCUGGAAGUGAGAGGCUGUACUCUCGAUCCAACGCACAAUCAUGGUGUCACAUGACCCGUUAUGAAAUCAUUGACUAACUAACGACAUCAAACUUUAUUAGAAACAAUUAAAGGUGAGAGCCAUGUCAAAAUAAUGACCUAAGGUGUAUGUUUUAUUUUCAGUCAGGCCAUUGUCCCAGUGGAACAUGACAGGGUGGAAACUUACCGUAAUGUGAGAAACACAUUCGUGGUUAUGAUACGUUUGCUCACGUUGCACAAACGUCUCAUAAAAUCUGAGUUUGGAUCCAAAUACGCCAUGAACUCUGAAUUUUGCUGCACAAAUGUCUUGUGAUAGUUGGGCAGCAAAUUUUAACCGUGCCACAGUUACUUUACGAGGCUGCACUCAUCUGUCUCAUGUAGGAAACCUGACAUUCUCAUAUUUGUCUCCAAACUUUGGAACAGUUUUUAGAAACCCCCUCAACUAGUUGGAUUCAGCUCAGAACUUAAAACACAAAUUCUUCACACAUUUCGUCACAUUUGCAAUGUUUCAUUGAAGAAUCCUGCGGCGACUCUUUGACUAAACGAGAAAUAAGGACAUUAUUUCCUCCRGCCAUCCGGGCUUUAAACAGGAUGUUGGUUUCUCCACCACAUCGUUGCAAAAACCACGUUUUGUGUUAACUGUUGGAUGAGGCAACAGAUACUCUGGAAUCAGUGUUUGGAUCUUCUCCUGUAAAAUGAGCGACGACCCGUGGGCUUGGUUUUACAAAGUCUCCAAAACAACAGUAUGCUGGAGGACAGACAGCAUGAAAGUUACUACUUUGAAAGCAUUUCUUGAAGUAAAAGAUAUGAAAUCUGAAAGGACCUCAGACUGAGUUGUGCUGAGUGAAAGGUUUUGCACCGUUAAUCUCAAACUUUCCCAUGAAAGUAGGAAAACCUUUCAUUUACAUAUUUCUUAUUGUUCCUAAAUCUUUUUGGGUAAAGAGAGUAAAUCAUGGCUUCCUGCAAACUCUUGACUUUGCUCAUUAUGUGUUUAGUUUGUUGAUUUAAUGUUUGUACCAUGUUUCAGAACAAACUGGUGCUUUWUUAAAACUAAUAUGUCACAUAAUGUGACUGCAGAUGUUUGGGUCUCGUUCUUCAAAUCGAAGGAAAGUUUUGGUGAAGAAUGAGGUAUUUAGUUUUAUUAUAUUAAACCAAACAUUAAUCUGCUCUCAGAUCAGUUUGUGGCGUCCUGACGGUGCUCUCUGCUCUCACCACGGUUUAUCUUCUGCGAUGAACAUUUUCACUUUGAGUUCUUGUUUUUAUUUUAACAAUCCUCAUCAGUGCUUUGACUCGUCUUGCUAACAGCAUUACCAGUAUAAGAUAAAGAUCAAAGAUGUGCCAUAAAAGUGCAGAUGUGUGCUUCGUUCUGUAACACGAAGUGAGGUUUUACAUGAAAUACACUGUGUUCCUAAACKUUUAUCACCUUGAACCUGCAACACGAGAUGAGACAGAAGUGUGUAAGGUUCCUCUGGUUUCUGUACUGUAUGUGACUGUUUACUGUCCACAGCAUCCGACCUGCUCCACCGUCUCCCCUGCAGUUCAGCUCAUUCUGUCACACUUAUUAUACGACAGGAAAAAAAAUAAAUAUAUAUAUUUAGAUUCCAGUAUGAUGGGGGAGGRAAAUUACCUUUCAGUGUUCUGUAUCCUAUUAUUGAUGCAAAAUAAACUUUGACAUUGCACCUUUU